AUGGUCAAGAGAAAAUCUGAUGCAAGCUCAACUUCGCCGCGCAAGAAAGCUAAGCUGGACGAGCCGACCGAAACUCUAGCCAAUGCUGCACUAUCCUCAUCUCCUUCGCCCACAUCAUCAUUAUCUUCAACAUGGCAACGACGCGAGAAGCGCAAGAGAUCAGAUAGCACCCUAGUUGACGAUCCAGAUGAAUCAGAUACAAGUACCAACACCAAACGAGCCAAGACACAGAGCCCGACCAGCUCGAGACGUCCGUCGCCCAGUCCCAAUCCCAACGGUGCCCGGCCGGUGCCCGGCAACGACCAAGAUGAUUGGGAGUGGGAGUGGCACGACGAUCAUCCUGAGAAAUUCGAGCAUAUAUACUGGGAGCCAACGGACUUGCCCGAGAAGGCAAAGCGGUGGCGGAGAAGGGUCGACCUUUUGGCGAAGGGCUACGUAGGCUGUGUAUGUGGAAAGAUGCAUUAUGCAAUUGGCCGGAAAUCGUGGCACUACCCGGGUCAAGAACCAGAACUGGAGGAUCCAGAGGAACAAUUACCAGAACCAGACGAACCACACGUACGAUCAGGGUCUGUCUCGGCGUACCAAAGUCGAGGCCAAGAGCGCCUACUCAGCCCAGAGCUCUCCGAUGAUGAGGAAGCUGUUGGCAACGCUCAACCCAAUUCCGCGCCCAGUGAUGUCUCUAGUGUGCGGGAGCCAUCGGUUGCGCCAGAGUUGCCAGUCUCCGUUAUUGCGGAAGCAUCAGCUGUUUCGCCCACCAAUUCGCCCACCAAUUCGCCCAUCGUUACACCUACGGCGAACAAUAGUCGCCUUCCGUGCGGACGCAACAAUGCGCAGCGGAAUAUUUCAAAGCCAACUACGCCGCGCCGAACAAACAGGAAGAACAAGAAUAAGAACAAGAAAGACCAGGAGAGCAAAGACAAGACAGUUAAGCGACAGCCUCGAAACCGGAAACCAAAGACUACGCUCAUGGUUGAGGAGCCUGUUGUCUCCAGACGAUCAUCUAGGAGAAAUGCGGGAUCUCAGCUGUAUUUCCUAGAUGACAGUGGCAAGGCUUGCUUAGUGGCAGCAUCGUCAAGAUGA